GACCCUGGCGGACAGAAGCAGAGAGGGAGGUUGGACCGGGAACAAUAGAGAGAAACGAAGCCUACCCUGAACACCAAACAAACCGAGAGGGCGACAAAAAGAAAGCAAACCACAUCGGGUGAUGGAGGGAGCGCGAGCUAAGCGAAGGACAUGUGAGGAAUAAAAACGCGAGGAUCUUUCCCGAGCGGUGGGCUUUAUUCCCGUCUUUCUUUGUCACUGGAUAGUAUUGAAACGGAUUCCGGUAUGAACCCAGCAGAAGCGGCCGAGGAGGCGCCCAGCGACCCCGACACUGAUGCCUUCUACAAAACAGGGCCCUUCAGGACUGAAGGCGUCAAGGCCUCUGAUGUUCUUCCUAUUUUAAAGGAAAAAGUUGCCUUCGUAUCAGGUGGACGAGAUAAACGAGGAGGACCAAUUCUGACAUUUCCCGCCAGGAGCAACCAUGACCGAAUAAAACCCGAGGACCUGAGGAGGCUGGUAACCUACCUGUCUACUGUCCCCAGCGAGGACGUAUGCAAACGUGGCUUCACUGUCAUCAUCGACAUGCGAGGUUCGAAGUGGGAGCUGAUUAAGCCUCUGCUCAAGACGCUGCAGGAGUCUUUCCCAGCUGAGAUCUGUGUGGCUCUCAUCAUUAAGCCGGACAACUUUUGGCAGAAACAGAAGACGAACUUCGGAAGUGCAAAGUUCUCUUUUGAGACCAACAUGGUGUCAGUUGAAGGUCUUGCCAAGCUAGUGGAUCCCUCCCAGCUCACAGAUGACUUUGAAGGCUCGCUGGACUACAACCACGAGGAGUGGAUGGAUCUCAGGGUGUCAUUGGAGGAGUUCAUGUCCAAUGCUGUUCAUCUUCUGUCCAGACUGGAGGAUCUGCAGGAGCUCCUGUCCAAGAAGGAUUUUCCUGCAGAUGUGGAAGGCUCUCGGCGACUGAUAGAGGAACACACACAGCUUAAGAAAAAGGUGCUAAAGGCCCCAGUGGAGGAAUUAGACCAGGAAGGCCAGAGGCUGCUCCAGUGUAUCAGAUCGAGUGAUGGCUUUUCAGGGAGAAACUGCAUCUCAGGCUCAGCUGACUUUCAGAGCCUUGUGCCCAAGGUGGCUAGUCUGCUGGAUAAGCUGCACUCCACCCGACAACAUCUCCAUCAGAUGUGGCAUGUCAGGAAACUGAAGCUGGACCAGUGCUUCCAGCUGCGCCUCUUUGAACAGGAUGCAGAAAAAAUGUUUGACUGGAUCAGCCACAAUAAGGAAUUGUUCCUGCAGAGCCACACGGAGAUUGGCCGAGGUUACCAGCAUGCUGUGGAGCUGCAGACUCAACACAAUCACUUUGCCAUGAACUCCAUGAAUGCCUACGUAAACAUCAACAGAAUCAUGUCAGUGGCGAGUCGUCUGGCAGAGGCCGGCCACUACGCCUCCACUCAGAUUAAACAGAUCUCAGGACAGCUGGAUCAGGACUGGAAAAGCUUUGCUGCUGCACUUGACGAACGCUCCACCAUCCUGGCCAUGUCAUCUGUCUUUCACCAGAAGGCUGAGCAGUUUCUGUCUGAGGUGGAGACCUGGUGUAAAGUCUGCAGCGAGGGCGGGUUACCAUCUGAGAUGCAGGAGUUGGAGAUUGCCAUUCACCGUCACCAGAGCCUUUAUGAGCAAGUGACCCAGGCUUACACUGAGGUGAGUCAGGAUGGUAAAGCCCUGCUGGAUGUCCUCCAGAGGCCUCUCAGUCCAGGCAACUCUGAAUCUCUUACAGCCACUGCAAAUUACUCCAAAGCGGUUCACUGUAUCUUGGACGUGGUUCAUGAGGUUCUUCACCAUCAGCGGCGUCUGGAGAACAUUUGGCAACAUCGAAAGGUCCGAUUGCACCAGAGACUACAGCUCUGUGUAUUCCAGCAAGAUGUCCAACAGGUGAUGGACUGGAUAGAAAACCAUGGCGAGGCUUUCCUCAGCAAACACACGGGCGUUGGGAAAUCCCUCCACAGAGCCCGAGCCCUGCAGAAGAGACACGACGACUUUGAAGAUGUAGCUCAGAACACUUACACUAACGCAGACAAGCUGCUGGAGGCAGCCGAGCAGCUUGCACAGACAGGAGAGUGUGACCCGGAGGAAAUCUACAAGGCAGCUAGACACCUGGAAGUGCGAAUCCAGGACUUUGUCCGCCGGGUGGAACACAGGAAGCUGCUGCUUGACAUGUCUGUCUCCUUCCACACACACACUAAGGAGCUGUGGUCGUGGAUGGAGGAGCUGCAGAAGCAGCUGCUGGACGAUGUGUGCUGCGAUUCUGUGGAUUCAGUUCAGACUCUGAUCCAGCAGUUCCAGCAGCAGCAAACAGCCACACUGGAGGCAACGCUCAAUGUGAUUAAAGAGGGAGAGGAAUUAAUACAGCAGCUGAGAGAUGCAGCCAUGUCCACCAAUAAGACGCCACACUGCAGUUCCAUUGCGCACAUACAGGGUGUGCUGCAGCAGCUGGAUGAAGCCCAGGGCCAGAUGGAGGAGCUGUUCCAUGAACGCAAAAUCAAGCUGGACAUCUUUCUGCAGCUUCGCAUCUUUGAGCAGUACACUAUAGAGGUCACGGCAGAACUAGACGCUUGGAACGAGGAUCUGUCUCGUCAGCUGAGUGACACCAGCCGCUCGGGUGCGAGCAGCAGCAGCAGCAGUGGGGGAGGCGGUGCCUCGUCCGCUGGCUCAGAGGAUAUCGGUCUGGCAGAACAGCGGCUGAAGCGGCAUGCAGAGAGGAAAGCAGCCAUGAACAACAUGACCUAUGAAGUGAUGCAGCAGGGUCAAGAUCUGCACCAGUACAUCAUGGAGGUCCAGGCUUCAGGAAUCGAGCUGACGGGAGAGAAGGACUUGGACUUGGCCUCUCAGGUUCAGGAGCUGCUGGAGUUCCUGCAUGAGAAGCAGCAGGAGGUGGAGGUCAACGUGCAGCACACGCACACACGGCUGGAGCAGACUCUUCAGCUGCGCCACCUGCAGGGAGAAGUUAAACAGGUGUUGGGAUGGAUACGUAACGGAGAGUCGAUGCUGAACGCCAGCAUGGUCAAUGCCAGCUCUCUGUCUGAGGCCGAGCAGCUUCAGAGGGAGCAUGAGCAGUUCCAGAUGGCUAUAGAGUCUCUAUUCCACGCUAACUCUCUUCAGAAAACACAUCAGAGUGCUCUGCAGGUUCAACAAAAAGCUGAGAUGAUGCUACAGGCGAGUCAUUAUGAUCCAGAGGCAAUUCGAAGCUGUGCUGAGAAGGUUGCCGUUCACUGGCAGCAACUGAUGCUAAAGAUGGAGGACCGUCUGAAGCUGGUCAAUGCAUCCGUAGCCUUCUACAAGACAUCUGAACAGGUGUGCAGUGUGUUGGAGAGCCUGGAGCAGGAGUAUCGCCGCGAUGAAGACUGGUGCGGCACACAUGACAAAGAGGGAACUUCAUCCGACAGCGACCACCUCCUCCCUCUGAUCAGUAAGCACCUGGAGCAGAAAGAAGCCUUCCUCAAGGCGUGCACUCUGGCCCGGAGGAAUGCAGAAGUAUUUCUGAAAUACAUUCACAGAAACAAUGUGAGCAUGCCUGGAGCUGCCAGUCACACCAGGGGACCUGAGCAACAGGUUAAAGCCAUUCUGAACGAGCUGCUGCAGAGAGAGAACCGAGUCCUCCACUUCUGGACCUUAAAGAAACGACGGCUGGACCAGUGUCAGCAGUAUCUGGUGUUUGAACGCAGUGCCAAACAGGCAUUGGAUUGGAUCCAGGAGACAGGUGAGGUUUACCUGGCCACGCACACGUCACCCGGUGACAGCAGUGAGGAAACACAGCAGCUUCUCAAUGACUACCAUCACUUCAGACUUUGUGCCAAACAAACCAAGGAGAAGGUGAAGCUGCUGAUCCAGCUGGCAGACAGUCUGGUGGAGAAGGGGCAUGCCCACGUGCUGGAGCUGAAGCGCUGGGUGAGCACGGUGGACCGCAGGUACCGUGACUUCUCUGCACGGAUGGGCAAAUACCAGGAGAGCCUGGAGAGGAGCCUGGGAAUGAGCUCUGAGGACAACAAAGACCUGGAACUGGACACCAUCCCUGCCAGCCUAACAGAUGACCCCGAGGUCAAACUGCGUGACCCCAACCAUGAGAUCAACGAGGAGAAGAGGAAGUCUGCGAGGAAGAAAGAGUUCAUCAUGGCAGAGCUCUUACAGACAGAGAAGACCUACGUCAGAGACCUUCAGGAGUGUUUAGAGACGUACCUGUGGGAGAUGACCAACGGUGUAGAGGAGAUUCCACCUGGCAUUGCUAACAAAGAGCACAUCAUUUUUGGUAACAUGCAGGAGAUAUAUGACUUCCACAGCAAUAUUUUCCUAAAGGAGCUGGUAAACUAUGAGCAGCUUCCAGAGGACGUGGGUCACUGCUUUGUCACCUGGGCUGAUAAGUUCCACAUAUAUGUGGAUUACUGCAAGAACAAACCAGACUCCAGCCAGCUGAUCCUGGAGCACGCAGGCACCUUCUUUGAUGAGAUUCAGCAGAGACGAGGACUGGCUAACUCAAUCUCCUCCUACCUCAUCAAACCAGUCCAGAGGAUCACCAAGUACCAACUACUGCUAAAGGAGUUAUUGUCCUGCUGUGAGGAGGGAAAGGGAGAGAUCAAAGACGGUUUGGAGGUGAUGCUCAGCGUUCCUAAGAGAGCAAACGACGCCAUGCAUCUCGCCAUGUUAGAGGGCUUUGAGGAGAACCUGGAGGUGCAGGGUGAGCUGAUCUUGCAGGACAGUUUUCAGGUUUGGGAUCCACGCUCGCUCAUCAGGAAGGGUAGGGACCGGCACCUCUUCCUGUUUGAGUUCUCUUUGGUCUUUAGCAAAGAGAUCAAAGACUCAGCUGGCAGAACCAAGUACCAGUACAAGAACAGACUACUGACGUCAGAGUUGGGGGUGACUGAGCACAUUGAGGGUGACCCAUGUAAAUUUGCUGUGUGGGCUGGAAGAACCCCAUCCUCUGAUAAUAAAACUGUGCUGAAAGCAUCCAGUAUGGAAGCUAAACAAGACUGGAUUAAGAACAUCAGGGAGGUGAUCCAGGAGAGGAUGACUCACCUGAAGGGGGCGCUUAAGGAGCCGCUUCACCUGCCUAAAACACCAGCACUGACCAAACCCAGGAAUAAUGCUAAAAGGGAGGGAGGUGAAGACGGAGACAGUCAGGGAGACGGCAGCAGCCAACCAGACACCAUCUCAAUUGCAUCCAGGACAUCCCAGAACACUGUAGACAGUGACAAGCUCUCUGGUGGAUGUGAGCUGACUGUCGUUCUCCAGGACUUUGCAGCAGGAUGCAGCACAGAGAUGUCUGUCAGCACAGGUCAGACAAUGGAGCUGUUGGAGCGGCCCAGCGAGCGGCCCGGAUGGUGUCUAGUCCGAACCACUGACCGCAGCCCACCGCAGGAGGGACUGGUUCCUACGUCUGUCCUCUGUGUUUCACACUCGCGUUCUAGCGUGGAGAUGGACUGUUUCUUCAGUUCAGGGAAAGAAAACUAUACUGUUGGCGGCUCAGACGGCAAGACAGAAUCUGUGGCCAACCUUCAGCCGCAGCCAUCCCUCAGCUCCCUGCAGUCCAGCUCUCCUGGUCCCAAACGCUCUGGGAACACUCUGAGGAAGUGGCUGACCAGCCCGGUCCGCCGCCUCAGUGGCAGCUCUGUUAAGAAACUUCCUAAUAACAAACAGAAGAAGCCAGGGCCAGGAACAGGAAAAGAGGAAACCAGGAAGAGUAUCGACCUGGGUCAGCCUGACCUUACCUUGCAGGAUGAUGUCACUGGUGAGAGAGUCAUCAGUAGAGAUGGCAACAUCCUGUCUAAGACGUCUGGGAUGCAGAGUGGUGGGGAGGAGGAGCAGGAUGAAGACGCCCACACCCCUCUGCCUCCCCGUAUGAAGAUCAUCAACGACCCAUCAGAUCCUGAUGACAAGUCUUCGUCCUUGCUCACCUCUCUGCAGUCUUCCUCUGAGGUGCCCAGUGCUGCAGAGCUAGUUAGCGCCAUAGAGAAACUGGUUAAAACCAAGAUGAGUCUAGAACCAGGGGUGUACCCGGGGUUUACCCCUCUCUGUCCGCCUGAACAAACCACUCCUGUUCAGCCACGCAACCCCGAACAGGAGCAGAGAGCAAAAGCUAUGAGAGGACGGAUGUUUGUUCUGAACGAGCUGAUUCAGACAGAGAAGGACUAUGUCAAAGACCUGGGCAUCGUGGUGGAGGGGUUCAUGAAGAGGAUGGAGGAGAAGGGCAUCCCAGAGGACAUGAAAGGAAAAGACAAAAUCGUGUUUGGGAACAUCCACCAGAUUUAUGACUGGCACAGAGAUUUCUUUGUAGGAGAACUGGAGAAAUGCCUGGAUGACCAUGAACACCUCCCUGAGCUCUUCAUUAAACAUGAGAGAAGGCUCCACAUGUAUGUUGUUUAUUGUCAGAAUAAGCCCAAGUCAGAGUUCAUCGUGGCAGAAUACGACACGUAUUUCGAUGGAAUCCAACAAGAUAUCCAGUCCAGGUUGUCUAUCAGUGACUUCCUCAUCAAACCAAUCCAGAGAAUCACCAAAUACCAGCUUUUACUGAAGGAUUUCCUGAAGUACAGCUCAAAGGCAGGAAUGGACUGUGAACAAAUUGAGAAAGCAGUAGAUUUGAUGUCUCAGGUCCCGAAACUGUGUAAUGACAUGAUGAAUUUGGGUCGGCUGCAGGGAUUUGAGGGGAAACUGACCAGUCAGGGCAAACUGCUGCAGCAGGAAACCUUUUUUGUAACGGUGCAAGACGCCGGCGUCCUGUCCCGCUCGAAGGAACGACGAGUCUUCUUGUUCGAGCAAAUCGUGAUCUUCAGUGAGCUGCUGAGAAAAGGCUCAUCCACACCUGGCUACCAGUUCAAAAAGAGCAUCAAGGUAUCCUACUUGGGUCUGGAGGACAGUGUGGAUAAUGAUCCCUGUAAGUUUGUGUUGCUGAGUCGCGGAUCAUCGGAGCGUUUCACCCUGCAGGCAGCCAAUGUUGACAUUAAGCAGGUCUGGGUCCAACACAUUCAGGAACUACUGGACGCUCAAAGCAACUUCCUGUCUGCUCUGCAGUCACCCAUCGUCUACCACAAUCAGCAGAGUGGAGGAGGCAACAGCUCAUCGCUGACCAGAAACCGCUCGUCCUCAGGGAAUCAAACUACCACGUCCUCUCACAGCCGACCCUCGUCAGUGGUCGGGCUCUGCAAUACGGAGAAGGGGAAGAGCCAAGUCAAAGUCUCCACCUCUAAUGGAGGUUCAUCGUGUUUUGACUCCAUGGACAAUAACGACAUCACUUCCACCAUGCUGGUCACUCAGGACUACUCAGCGCUCAAGGAGAAUGAGAUCUGUGUCAGUCAAGGAGAGACCGUUCAGAUCAUGGCCACCAAUCAGCAGAACAUGUACCUCGUUUACCGGCCAGCCAACAGCCAGUCGCCUGCCGCGGAGGGCUGGGUGCCAGGACACGUCUUAGGCCCGCUCACAAAGCCCAUUAAAGACUCUUCUUCUACUUGCUCCUUCUCAGCAGCAGUAACAGAUGCCAACAACAUCAAGAAGUCUCUGUCGUGGAACACACUGCGUGCCAGGAAGCGCGCUGAAGACAAGGAUGCCUUCUCAGUAGGGGUCAAAGGUCAGGAGAAUGGCCUUCUGCGUAAGCCCAAAGAAAUCACUCCUCCUACCCCGUUCGCCUCGUCCGACCCUGUGGUGAAAGGCAAAGAGGUCCAAACUUCAGAUGAUUCAGAUUGUGGUGAUGACAUUGACCCAAAGACGGGCAUGGAGCUUCUGAACCCAAACUUCAUCCAGGAAGUGGCUCCAGAGUUCUUGGUCCCACUGUCAGAUGUGGUAUGUGCAUUCGGAGAGACCGUAGUCCUCUGCUGUAAAGUCUCGGGACGGCCUAAACCUUCAGUCACUCUGAAGGGCCCCGACCAGAAUCCAGUGACCAACAACAGCCGCUUCACCAUAGACAUCAGGGAUACAGGUGACAUCUUGUUGAAAGUCUGUAACCUGAUGCCUCAGGAUACAGGAAUCUACACCUGUGUUGCUGUUAACGACCACGGCACUGCAUCCUCCUCUGCCUCCAUUAAAGUCCAAGGUAUCCCAGCAGCCCCAGUGAGACCUGUGGCUCAGGAGGCCAGCAGCACAGCGGUGAUGAUCCACUGGCUGCCCCCGGCUUCGUCUGCCCACUGUACUGUCAGCAGCUAUACUGUGGAGUACAGACAGGAAGACUCAUUCCUGUGGCAGCAGGUGGCCAGCAGCAGGGAGGAAUGUGUGCAGAUCGACUCUCUGAUCCCCGGAGGUCACUAUCAGUUCAGAGUUCGGGCCUCCAACCGCUGGGGUGUCGGCCCACCAUCUGAGCCCUCAAAUAUGGUCACACUAGCCAGCAGCAACUCUGGCUGUGAUGGGACGGGCAUUCAUUGGAAGGAAAACUUUGACUCAGCCUUUACUGAGAUCUGUGAGAUUGGAAGGGGACGGUUCUCAGUGGUACGGAAGUGUGUCAACAGGUCCACUAAGAAAGAGGUUGCAGUGAAGUUUGUGAGUAAGAAGAUGCAGAAGAAGGAGCAAGUGGCUCAUGAGGCAGACAUUCUGCAAUAUGUACAGAAUCACCAGCUGGUGUCACUGUUGGACACGUACGAGUCUCCCUCCUGUCUGAUGCUCAUCCUGGAGCUCCUGGAGGAUGGCCGCUUGCUUGAUUAUCUGGUUGCCCAUGAUGAGCUGAUGGAGGAGAAGGUGGCCUUCUUCAUCAGAGAAACACUGGAGGCCCUGGAGCACCUUCAUACCUGUAGAGUGGCACACCUAGACCUGAAGCCCGAGAACAUCAUGGUCAACCUCCAUUCUCCCAUGCCGAGUAUUAAGUUAAUUGAUUUUGGUGACGCUGUCCAGUUGUCUGCCCAUCGCCGAUACGUCCACCUCUUGCUCGGGAAUCCAGAGUUUGCUGCACCUGAGCUGAUCCGUGGCGCUCCAGUCUCCGUGGCCACAGACAUGUGGAGCUUGGGUGUUCUGGCUUAUGUCAUGCUUAGUGGCGUUUCUCCAUUUCUGGACGAGUCACCAGAGGAAACCUGCAUCAACAUCUGCCGCCUAGAUUUCUGCUUCCCAGAUGAAUACUUCUGCAACGUGAGCCAGGUGGCGAGGGAUUUUGUGUCAUCAUUACUGCAGCAGGAUCCCAGGAAGCGGCCGAGUGCUACUUCCUGUCUCCAACAUCUGUGGGUGGGUCGUGGAGGUGGGGAGUACUCCAAGACACCACUGGACACGGCACGGUUGGCCACAUUUAUCGAUCGAAGGAGACAACUGCACGACGUUCGGCCCAUUAUGAACGUCAAAGGGCUGGUGAGCAGUGGUAUGGGAAACACACUGUGAUGGGAUCUGAACUCCCACAGGAACAUUUGAUUGUCUGUACUGUCUGUCAGUGUGUGCGUGGGACAGAUGUUUGGUGCUGAAUCCUUCGUGUGGUGCAAAAUGGAUUCUUCUUGCUACUGCAGGAUCACGAUCAGUCACCUGUAGACCAAAACCUUAACCCCAGAAUAUUUAUUUAUUCUAUUAGCUUGUUAUUUGUUCAUUUACCGGAUUUCAGCAAUUACACAUGAAGCGGGUCAGGUAAACUGCCAAAACACCACAAGAACCCAAAGAAGUCAGCUGGAUUAAAGUUGAGCUGGUUGUGUUUACUCCCGUUUACCGUCAUGUUAACUAACUGUUGGGCCUCUCGCUGAGCUGAGGACCCGAGCAGUUGAUCUCAGGCACUGGGGCAGUACUGUCCUGCAGUCUGUUGCUUAAUAGAGGGUCCUGCACAAAGUGCUGUUUGAACUGCAGGUAGUUGGACAGUUGCAGAACAGUGAUACACCGUGAUGAGCCUGUUUCUAGUAUAUUUGUAAUAAUUUCUUUUCAAGGACAGUGUCAGCCCCGUGUCCUAAAAAUUACAUUUGCAUAUCGAUAAACUUCAACUACAGUUAAAUUUUUGAAGGGAAAUAUAUUUUCCAACAGUUUACUCGAAUAUGCUGGUAUUCAAAAUAUCUUCUUCCUCUUCUCCAGUUUCUCUUCAUUACUUUUCUUUCUCCUGUUUUUACUCCUUUCAGGCGACAGAUUACAUAUCUACAGAGGUGGGAAAUAACAAAUACUCUGUUACAGUACUUAAGUAGGAUUUUCAGGUAUCUGCAUUUACUCCCUGCAAUUUCAUAAAAGGCUCAUUACUUUAGGUUUGACACAUUUAAGGGGUAAUAUUAUUAUCAUUUCACAUCACUGCAGGCCUUCUGGAACAGAUUUGAACCUAAAUGGUGGGGACAGUAACAUCGAAGACAAUCCUAUUACGACAAGAGGCAAAAACAUGUCAGUUAUACAUCACACAUACAUUAAUAGCUCUACUCGGGGGUUAAAGUGGACUGCAACGAUCUAGAAAACCAUUUUUGGUGUAGAUACCAUAAGCUGUGAUCACUGUACUGCAGCAUGUAGCUAGCACUACAGAAGAGGAGCAAGCAUCAAGGAAGUAACAAUGUUUUAACUGGCAGAUCAUUUUAAAUGUACCUUUCAAACAACUCAGCAAAUAUAAACACACACAGCAAACUGUUUGUGGACAGCAAGUACAGCUGCUUUAUUUCCCAGCGAGAGAAAUGAAUGAGUUCGCUGAGAGAUGAGAAAUGUAAAAACUAGACUGGAAAUUACAGUUAAAUGUAGUUUUGAGUUUUUUAAACAGAUGUUGGAUCCAUCCGUUCUGUUUGUUUGUUUUCUCACACUGUCAUAUAUCUGCAUGUAAAUCAAAGUAUUCUGACUUUGUGUUAAUAAAAGCAUGAAAAUACUGAGCAGUUUAGUGCUAAGUUGGUUAAUCUAAAUGCAUAAAUACAACUUUUAUUUGUCACAUACACAGUACAACAUAUAGUGAACAUGUAGUGAAAUGCUUGUGUCCUACAGCACUGUGCUUAAGUUAUAAGCAGUGCACUAUGUUUUGCCUGCUGCAGAGAACCUGUUGUGUUCAUGCUCAGUGUUACAUCAGCUGAUGCUGAUUGGAUUCCCUCCCUGUCGUCCAUCUUUGUGCUACAGGGGGAGUGUAAAGCAGCCUUGUUAGUCUGUGUAAUAUCUGCUUAGAUCUCAUUGAAUUCAGUUGGUUAAAUUCACAAAGAGCGGUAAAUUUAGAGCAGCAGCAACACAAGUCAGUUGAUCACAGCCUGUAGACAAAAUGUACACAAUCAAAAUGAAUGGAGCCUGUUUCGGUUUUCCCCGCUCUCCAGCUGUACAACUGAUCUGAGAGUUUUACACCUGCCAAAUCCCACUUUAAUCCCUGACUGUUCUUUUACUAUUUAAGUGUUUAAGCAGUCACCCACAUUUUUCAUCCCCUUUGUACAUGAGGCUCAGUUUACAUUUAGAGCCUGUGCAUUUUCAGUUUUACUUGAGUUAAGAAGUUUAAUCAGCAGUUUUCAACACGAGUGUCCAUCGUUCUACUAAAGUGAAGACCGUCUGUGGUUUUGCGACCCCUGCACAUUUGAUGAACACAGUAUUUGUGACUUACUCAAGCUAGAAACUGAUGAAAGUUUGAAGUGUUACCGAAGCGUCUGUAAGGAUCUAAAACUUUAAGUAUGGAUCAUCUGUUAGUUUUGUUGUUUGUUUGUUUUUCUACUGUUAACAUGACUUUAUCACACAUGCAUCAAUAUGUUGUGUGAUGCUGUUAGUUAAAUGGAAAAGCCUCUCCGCAAAGAAAAAUGAUGCGUAGAAUUAUAAUUUAUGGAUAACUGUUACCUGUAGCUGUCAUCUAGGCCACAUGAAUAAGGACUGCACUUUUCUACGAUCUACCUUUAAUUUAUUAAAUGUUUAUUUAUUUCAGGACUGAACUAAGGGUGGUGUAAUAUUUGCUCUGGAGACCUAGAGCAGUCCAUUUACUCGACACAUGGAGUUCACAGAGGAUGACUAAACCUACUGAACUAAACAAGUGUAACUGUACAGCUGUGUAGCAGCACAGUGGAGACUGUUGUAGUGAGCUGUUGGACUUUGCAUUCAGUUGAAUCACUAACUGAACUGUAGUGAAUGUGCUGGACUGUCCUGAACUACAAUAAACUGAGUUAAAAUGCAAACAUGUUGGCAUCGCUUGACAUUACUUCAAGGAAGAUCAAACAGCCUCUGGAUAUCCUUCUUCUGUGGUAUAUAUGGACCACUGCUGGACGUUAGCAGGAUGCACCAUGGACAUUGGUAUCGUUCAAACGGACUCACAGUUUGCAUCAGUGUUUACAGAUUCUUUGUCCAAAAAGUAGGUAGUUUACAGACUAGUAAGUAAAAAUCAGGAAAGACCUGCAUGUAAAUCACCAGUAAUGGUUUAGAAAUCAGGUUACAAAUCUGUCUGUUUCUAUAAGUAAAGCCUGUGACAUUUGGUGUGAAGGUGGGGAAACUCCACCCUGAAAUCUGUUUUGUUGUAUGUUUGUUUACCAGUCACUGUGGUGAAUAACUGUAGUGGUUGGAUCUCAUUCAUUCAGCUUGUAAAUGUGCUCGUGUGGCUGCAGACCCGUUGGAUGAAGUGGCCGCGGUUCCUGGGAGGCAGACGUUUACUGAUGAAUGUACUUUCUUGUGGAAUGUGCUCUGUCGUCUGCAUUCACCCACUCACCACACUCUCUCCUGACCAUUUUUCAUCCUCACCCUUCCUCUAGGCAUUUAGUGUCAAACAACAGCAAAGCUCAUUUUCAUGCUUGGAUACUAAAUGGUCCAAAGGAAGGAAACUCGUCUUUAGAAGCAACUUUCAUAUCGGACAUCUGGUAAAAUAUUACCAAGUGUCUGUCACUGCAGCUGCAAUUGAUUCAGGUGUGUCCGAGUGCUGUUUUUCUUUUUUUACCACUCUCUCUUUCUAGUAGAGAUUCUUGCUGUCUUAUUGUGGACUUGUUGGUCUUGUUCAUUAUUUGAACUAAAAAUAGCUGACGAUGAACAGAGGAAAACUGUAGACUUCCCCAGUUUUAUUGACCUCUCCUGCAAAAUAAAUCAAUCAAUAAAUAAAA